AAGAAGAAGAAGAAGAAGAAGAUGCUGCUCGCGGUCUUGUUCGCCAAUUCCGAGGGCAACAUCCUCGUCGAACGCUUUAAUGGUGUCCCAGCUGAGGAACGAUUGCAUUGGCGAUCUUUCUUAGUGAAGCUGGGAGCAGAUAAUCUUAAAGGUGUCAAAAAUGAGGAGCUCCUCGUUGCCUGCCACAAAUCAGUUUAUAUUGUUUACACGGUGCUUGGGGAUGUCAGCAUUUUUGUUGUUGGAAAGGAUGAGUAUGAUGAGCUUGCCUUGGCAGAAGCAAUUUUCGUUAUAACCUCAGCUGUUAAGGAUGUAUGUGGGAAACCUCCGACGGAGCGCCUUUUCUUGGAUAAGUAUGGAAAGAUUUGCUUGUGUCUGGAUGAGAUUGUAUGGAAGGGAUUGCUGGAGAACACCGACAAAGAGAGAAUCAAGAGACUAGUAAGGUUGAAACCUCCGACAGAGUUCUGACUGGGAAGCUCCUCUCCGUCUCGGAUCUAUCGAAGACAGUCAGGCCAAGAUUCAUGUACUAUGUUUUAUGUCACAACAGUGCUUUUAUGCAUCUAUCUGCUUCUAUGCAAUGACUUUAGAAUCACAUUUUCUCACAAUAAUUUUAGUGGUGCUUUGUUUUGUAUCUUGAUAGGAGAAUGGCACGCCUAAUGUUUCCUUUAGGACCAUUACUGUAGCUUAUUACUCACCAAAGUUGUGAUUUGUUUCAUAUUUGAACCAUUUCCUAUGUCAAUAGAAACGUUAAGGGCUG